AUGUCGGCGAAGUCAUUGCCUCGAAAGAUUGAGAUCAACUCGGACAUGGGCGAAGCCUUCGGACGUUGGCAGCUAGGACCUGACGAAGAGAUCAUGAAACACAUUGAUGUGGCCAACGUGGCUUGCGGAUUUCAUGCUUCUGAUCCUGUGACGUUGCACAAGACUGUCAAGCUCGCCAAGAAGUACAAUGUGGCGGUCGGCGCGCAUCCCGGGUUUCCAGACCUGACAGGAUUCGGCCGCCGUCGUAUGGAAAUGACCGAGGAGGAGGUUGCGGAUAUCAUCACAUACCAGGUCGGCGCUCUGAAAGGGUUCUGUGAUCUGGAAGGUGUUGCUCUGAAUCACGUCAAGCCUCAUGGAGCGUUGUACUUCUACCUCAAGAACUCUCGAAAGCACUGCGUAGCGGCAUACAAAGCUAUCAAGCCUUUGAGCGUUCCUAUCUAUGGGCUGGGAGGUACGGUACAUGAAGAGGUAGCAAAGGAGCUGGGUAUCCCUUUCGUGCCCGAGCUUUUCGUCGACAUCGAGUACAGCAAAGAAGGAGCUCUGAUCCCUCCGGCGCAGAGCAAGAAGAUUACGCCAGAAGAGAGCGCUGAGCGAGCGCGAAAGGUAGCCGAAACGGGCAGCAACUUUGCACAAGGAGGAGGUGAGGUCAAGAUGCCCGAGUUUGGACAUGAUGAGAAUGAGGGAAAGUGUAAGCCCUUCUCGAUCUGUAUCCACAGUGAUCUGCCUGGUGCAGAAAACACGGCGGUGGUAACACGCAAGAUGGUCGACGAGCUCAACGGCAAGCUGUUCCCUGGUGUGUAG